UGACUUUCGUCUUAUUUGUCGUGCGCUCCCUUCCCCGGAGAUUCUCCGACGAACAGCAAGGUAUCAAUUUCCCUCCGGCACGAAUUCUAGAGAGAGAGAGAGAGAGGAGAGAGAGAUGGCGGCAGCUGCACCGGCCAUCAAAGUUGCAGCUCUCUGCGGCUCUCUUCGCAAAGCUUCCUACAACAGAGGCCUCAUUCGUUCAGCCAUGGAGAUAUGCGAAGAGUCCAUCCCCGGUAUGCACAUCCAGUACGUGGAAGUGUCGCCCCUCCCCAUGAUCAACACCGACCUCGAGGAUGGCGGCGGAUUCCCGGCCGCGGUCGAGGAGUUCCGCCGCAAGAUUUCGGGAGCCGAUAGCUUCCUCUUUGCCUCUCCCGAGUACAAUUACUCCGUUGCUCCGCCUCUCAAGAAUGCAAUAGAUUGGGCAUCUAGACCACCGAAUGUUUGGGCCGAUAAAGCUGCUGCUAUAAUAAGCGCGGGAGGAAAUUUUGGUGGCGGAAGAGGGCAAUAUCAUCUCCGGCAGACAGGAGUGUACCUCGACCUUCAUUUCAUUAACAAGCCCGAGCUUUUUGUAUAUGCAUUUCAACCUCCUGCGAAGUUCGAUGCCCAUGGAAACUUGAUCGAUGCAGAGGUCAAGGAGAGGCUAAAGCAGGUUCUGCUUUCACUGCAGAAAUUCACAUUGCGACUCCGGGGUCAGUGCUGACAUGAGAUCGCGGAUUCUGGCACUUUGAUAAUGCUGGUAUUGCAUAUCAUCCGUUUGUUGUCCAGUGACUUCAAGUUGAUAGUGAAUUGGUGAUUGUGGAGUAGGGUUUAAAGCUUGUAUUGUUGUCUAACGACCUGAGCAAACCGUCAAUGAAUUUAUGUGAUUGUUACGUAAA